AUGACGCCUCGGCACGGCGGCGCAUCGGGCACGGCCUCCUCCGGCUCCCUCUUCACCGGAACGAGCCGCGAGCUCGAUGCGCCCGCGGAUGAGCACCCCGCGGACCAGUGGCCGGAUGAGCUCCCCACGGACCAGUUGCCGGAUGAGCUCCCCACGGACCAGUUGCCGGAGGAGGCGUGGCGGCGACGGGCGAGCUCGAGAUCGAAAUCCUCGAGCUCGCGGCGGUUGAAGGCCGGCGGCGGCCGGGUACCGCGGUUGAGCCACCGACGUGCCCCCAGCUUGCGCGCGCCAUCGGAUCUGGCGCGGCGGCGACGCUCCGCCUCAUCCCCCAAGUCGUCCAUGGCGGUCGAAGGCUCCCCGGCGGCGACAAAUCGAGCGGCGCGGUGGGGAAUUGAGGGGGGGGAGUCGUCGUGCUGCGCCGCGGUGGUGGCUGGCCUCAUCGGCCAAUGCGGCUACUCCACUGCCUUGAGCUCCCAGAGGUUGGCCAGGAAGGUGGCCGUGAUCACCGGCGCCGCUAGCGGCAUCGGCAAGGCGACAAUGGCGGAGUUUGUCAGGAACGGCGCCAAGGUCGUCCUCGCAGACGUCCAGGACGAUCUGGGCCGCGCCCGGACGGCUGAGCUCUGCGCCGACUCCGCGUCGUACAUCCGCUGCGACGUCAACGACGAGGCGCAGGUCGCCGCGGUGAUCGACCUUGACGUGGCCUGCCACGGCAAGCUGGACAUCAUGCUCAACAACACCGGCAUCAUGGGCUCGUUGGCGCGGCCCGAGCUGGGCGCGCUCGACCUUGCGGAUUUCGACGCCAUCAACAACCGCAUCAUGGCCGGGGUCAAGCACGUGGCCUGCGCCAUGGCGCCGCGCCGCACGGGCAGUAUCAUCUGCACGGCCAGCAUCGCCGCACAGCAACGAGCCAUGCCCUACGUUGCCAGUGGUUUGUCUUUUUUCUGGAGAAGACAGUGUACACGAGGAUACGUUGGUGGCGAGGUGGGUUUACAGUGGGCUAAACGGGAUAGUCCACUUAAUUAUUUUGUUGUCCCACGGGUGCCCACCAAGGUGAUUAAGUGGGAUGGGCUGUGGCAGUCCCACUUAUGCCCACCCCCACCUGCAGCGUGAGAACGGGAUGUCUGGAAGAUGGAAUUGAAGAUCUUCUGAGUUGAUGGCGCUCUUCUUUGGAUUUCUUUUCUGUCAAGAGUGUUACAGCCACGGCGGCCUGGCCGGCGGCGUCGGAGUCCGCUGCGAUCCAGGGCCAUUGAGUUCGUGGAAUAGCCCUCGCCUCUGUGCGUGUGUAACCGCCGUCUCGGCAUGGCCCUUUUCUUUCGUUGUACGCCGAUAGAAUCGCUCCGCCGGGAGCGUGUUGAUAAUGUGGUACUCUCUCCGUCUAGGUGUAUAAGUCAUCUUACAAAAACCAAAUAAUCUUAAAACACUUAGCCAAGAUA